CUUUGACGCGCGGUGCUGAUCUUUGCGGAUACUGGUUUCUCGAACCUCAUCAUCGCCUUCUGGCUCUCCCUUCCGAUUUCUGUCAAAUUGGAUUGGUCAAAAGGUCUAUUGAUCAGCUCAGCAGUUCGGAGAGGAAGAUGGUGAGGCUCAAAGUCUAUGCAGAUCGAAUGUCCCAGCCAUCUCGAGCUGUUCUUCUCUUCUGCAGGCUAAGCGGAAUAGACUUCGACGAGAUUAAAGUAGAUAUUUCCAAACGUCAGCAACUCUCCCCUGAAUUCAGAGAAAUAAACCCUAUGCAGAAAGUUCCAGCUAUCGUUCAUGGAAGCUUCAAUCUCUUCGAGAGCCAUGCAAUUCUUAUCUACCUUGCUACUGCUUUUCCUGGAAUUGCUGACCAUUGGUAUCCAUGUGAUGUUUAUAGGAGAGCAAAAAUUAACUCAAUACUGGAUUGGCAUCACUCUAAUCUACGACAUGGUGCAGUGACAUAUGUUGUAAAUACUGUAUUAGGACCUGCUCUUGGUCAUCCACUAAAUCCAAAAGCAGCUACUGAAGCAGAGAAAGUUUUAUUAUCUUCUUUGUCAAAACUAGAGGACGCUUGGCUCAAUGGAGAUGGAGGUUUCUUGCUCGGAGGCUUUCAACCUUCUAUAGCAGAUCUCAGCAUGGUUUGUGAACUCAUGCAACUUGAGGUUUUGGAUGAGAAGGAUAGAAGUCGUAUAUUGACCCCGUACAAGAAAGUUCUUCAGUGGAUUGAGGACACAAGAACUGCUACAAAUCCUCAUUUUGAUGUAGUGCAUAAUAUCCUCUUUAAAGCUAAAAGGAAAUUCCAAGAGCAGCGUUUGAGAGAAGGUAACUCUGGGACAAAGCCUAACAAGAUGGGAGGGUUGUCAAAGAUGUGAAUGCAGAUUGCAUCUUUCAUCUUUGUAAUUGGUUCAAGAUUAUGACAUACAUUCAGUCUUCUCUUUCUACAUGCUUCAGCUGAUACAGAAAUAUUGCUAUCUUGUUAGAACAAAUAAAUCUAUGUUUGUUGGAUUGAGCUUGUGCUUCAUAUGACUUUCAGAAAAAUGUUUCUUGUAACUGAAUAAGUUUGUGUAUUAUAAGUUAAGGAAUGUUAUUCUGUAUGUAUAACAUCCCAUGAUCUAUCUCUA